CACGCAAGGGAUCGCGUUCUCACCUCCGACAAAGCUCGACGGAACUCGUGAAAGAUUUUGCGGUUUUCGUGACCCUCUUUCUAUGCAACCCAAAACAAUAGUACGGAGGAAAAAAAAACCGAGGGCGAGGGGAGAGGGAGUGAGGGACAUGACGCGCAUCUUUCCCACCUCCUCUUUCUUUCCCUUGCUCUGCUAACGCGCCGCCGGUCCGUCGUUUGCCGCCUAUCCUGCUUGCUCGCGCGGCCGCUGUUCAUGGCGAUGGUGGAUGAAGGCGGCAAAGGAGAGCUGCGCAGGCGCAGCCGCCUGGAUUAGACCCAAGAAACCGCCGAUCUGCGGCGACCAGGGCGACCGGCGACAUGGAUGGCGGUGGCCGAGGAGAGGAGUGGGAGGGCCCCCCCGGCUACGUGCUCUCGCUCCCGGCGGCGGCGCUGCCCCUGCCCGUCGCCGUCUCCUGCCUGGACGCCACCGUCCGGCGCAAGGGUCGCAGCCAUAUCCGCCACCGUGGCCAUCCGUCGGGCUGGUGGGCCUUCAGGCUCCCCGUCCCCGCGCCGGAGGAGGCGAAGAGGCCGGUUCCCCCAGCGUCGGCGGCCAAUAAUCCGUCCGAGGAGGACCGUUCCUGUCCUCGUCACCAGCGCCUGCCCGUGCGCCAGGCCCCGGCCCCCGGUCCACACACUCCCGCGCCUGCAGAGGAGAGGCCAGCGAAGAGGGUCAGGAUGUGCCUGCAGUGCGGCGCGGCGGUGACGCCGCAGUGGAGGUCGGGGCCGAUGGGGCAGGGCACGCUCUGCAACGCCUGCGGGGUCCGGCUCAAGGCGGCCGGGGCACUGCGGGGUCAGGUGAAGCACCGCCCCACGCCAGCGACCGCCAGGACGCCCGCCCGGCCGCCCCUGGACAGCCCGGCCUCGGAGUCGUCGCCCGACAGCCCGAUCUUGGAGCCUGGGUCAGUUCCAGAUGUUUACCUGGUGAGGAAGAAGCCUCUGAAACGGGGGAGACCCCCGCCGCCUCCGAGGACGGUACCCGCGGCGGCGCCGCCGCUAGCGCCAGCGGUGUACCUCGUCAAGAAGAAGAAAAAAUCGGCUUCGGCGAGGAAGCCGUGGCGGCCCCCGAAGUCGGCGAAGCAGUGCUUGCACUGCGGGUCGUCGUCGACGCCGCAGUGGCGGGAAGGGCCGCUGGGCCGCAGCACGCUGUGCAACGCGUGCGGCGUGCGGUACAGGCAGGGCCGGUUGCUGCCGGAGUACCGGCCGCUGGCGAGCCCCACCUUCGAGCCGUCGGAGCACGCCAACAAGCACAGCCAGGUGAUGCAGCUCCACCGGCAGCGGAAGAGCCAGGGCCAGCACCACCCUCUGCCCGCGGAGCAUCCGCGAGCCAUGGACGUCCUCCAGUUUCCCCAGCGGUGGCAGGUGAAGGAGGAGUACCCGCCGACGCCGCUCCACCAGCCUCUGCCGCAUCCGGUGGUGGACGGCAGCCUUGCCAGCGGCGAGCUGCGCGUUGGGGACAUGGUCGACGCUGCGGCAGAUGCAGGACACGGCGGCGGCGGAGGCAAGGGAAGUGACCUGAACAACAACGCGCCGAGCUCUCUGGACUCGCGGCUGCUGGAGGGGCCGUCGGCGCCACUGCUUGUCGACGGCGACAAGCCCUUGGUCCACUAGCUAGCCAGAGCCUACUAGGUGUAAUCCAGCUGAUUUGAGAGAACAGUAAUUUUCUUGGACCUUCUCCUUUUUUCUGAGAUCUUGGUAACUUUAUUAUCGACCUCGGUUGUGUGUAUUUGUUCGUGUUUCGGCAAAAUUUUCGUGUAACUUUAUUAUCAUGGCAGGAUCUGUAGAAAUGUUCCUGCCAAUUCUAGGUGUUGUUGCAACAGAGAUGAUAUAUGAUGGAUAAUGACAAUGGCAUGAUCGACCUGCAA